CUUAACCAUGUCUUUCUGUCUCUCUGUUUUUCUGUGUGUGCUGUGUGCUGUGUGCUAUGUGUACAUUACUGCUUUCUCCAGCCUCAACCCUUCGAUUUCGGCACCAAAAGUCACUCUUACUUGGAUUCAAACAUUGUUACGGGCUCUGGGUAUUGGCUCUGAACCCUGUUGCCCAGUGCCAACAAGUCGGGCUCCCCACAAGACUGCUAUAGUACGUGUACCGGGCAUGUAUAUCUAUAUGUCAGUCAGUAUCUAUGAACUACAUAUGUAGGUUAUUAGGUACUGUCUAGGAUCGAUCUUGUUCUAAAUCUCACCCAAUUUAUUAUAUUUAGGUAGAUAUAUCUACUACUAGUAGUAUACAUACCUACCUGGACGAAUCUCAUAAUCGACACACAGAAGCAAUUCCUUGGGGAUUAGAUUAAAGGGGAC